CGAGCUCCGCAGGAGGCGGAGGAGGUGGAGGGAGAGGAGGAAGGGCAAGGGGCGGAGAGCGCCGGGCCCAGGAGCCCGGCAGGUAAGCCGCGCGCGCUGCCGGUUCUCCGUGCCGAGUCUGGGGUGCGGGUCCCGGGCGCGAAAGGAAGGAUCUGGGCGCCGGGGGACAACCCAAGCGCCCCCCGCGCUGGGUGGCGGCGGCUGGACGUGAGGCCGGGUGUGAGCCGCGCGAGCGCAGCAGGUCAUCUUAAACGUCCCAAAUCUCUGCCAUUACCUGAUGCUGCUGAUAAAAUCAGGAUGGCUUUAAACUCAGGGUCACCGCCAGGAGUUGGACCUUACUACGAAAACCAUGGAUACCAGCCUGAAAGCCUGUAUCCCCCGCGGCCCGCCACGGUCCCCAGCACCUACCCGGUGUAUCCAGUCCUGUACUACCCGCCCGAGGGGCCCCAGUCCACCCCAAGGGUGCUGACGCACACUUCGACACCCACCGUCCGCAUGCAGCCCAAGUCCCCAUCGGGGACGGCAUGCACUGCAAAGGCCAAGAAAGCGCUGUGCAUCGUGGUCUCCCUGGCGGCUGUCCUGGCGGGAGUCGUGGUGGCCGCCGUCCUGCUCUGGAAGUUCAUGGAGAACAAAUGCUUGGUGUCCGGGGUAGAGUGCGGCUCCUCGGGAACCUGCAUCAGCCCCUCCCACUGGUGCGACGGGGUCCUGCACUGCCCCAGUGGGGAGGACGAGAACCGAUGUGUCCGCCUCUACGGCCCGAACUUCAUCCUCCAGGUGUACUCAGCCCAGAGGAAGUCCUGGCACCCCGUGUGUCAGGACGACUGGAAUGACAGCUACGGGAGGGCUGCGUGCCAGGACAUGGGCUACCGGAAUAGUUUUUAUUCUAGCCAAGGAAUUGUGGAUGACAGUGGAGCCGUCAGCUUCAUGAAGCUGAACAUAAGCGCUGGCAGUCUGGAUCUCUAUCAGAAACUGUACCACAGUGAUGUUUGUUCUUCAAAAAUGGUGGUUUCUUUACGCUGUAUAGAGUGCGGGGUCACAAGGAAGAUCAUCCGCCAGAGCCGGAUCGUGGGCGGGAGCAGCGCCUCCUUGGGGGACUGGCCCUGGCAGGUCAGCCUGCACGUCCAGGGCACCCACGUCUGCGGAGGCUCUAUCAUCACCCCCGAGUGGAUCGUGACGGCUGCCCACUGUGUGGAGGAACCGCUGAACAACCCCCGGUAUUGGACGGCCUUCGCGGGAAUCCUGAGACAAUCUUUCAUGUUCUAUGGACAUGGACACCGAGUGGGAAAAGUGAUUUCCCAUCCCAAUUAUGAUUCCAAGACCAAGAACAAUGACAUCGCCCUUAUGAAGUUGCAGACACCUCUGACUUUUAACGACAGAGUGAAACCAGUGUGUCUGCCCAACCCAGGCAUGAUGCUAGAGCCAGAUCAGUCCUGCUGGAUUUCCGGAUGGGGGGCCACCUACGAGAAAGGGAAGACCUCGGACGAGCUGAACGCGGUCAUGGUGCCCCUCAUCGAGCCUUGGCGCUGCAACAGCAAGUACAUCUACAACAAUCUGGUCACGCCGGCCAUGAUCUGCGCAGGCUAUCUGCAGGGAAGCAUCGACUCCUGCCAGGGUGACAGCGGAGGUCCCCUGGUCACUUUGAAGAGCCGCAUCUGGUGGUUGAUUGGGGACACGAGCUGGGGGUCCGGCUGUGCGAAAGCUAACAGACCAGGAGUGUACGGAAAUGUGACAGUAUUUACCGACUGGAUUUACCAACAAAUGAGGGCAAACAGCUAAUCCCUACGGUCUUUGUCCUUGGCACUGUUCCUCGAGGAAAUGAAGGGGCUGAUUCUUCAUUCCCUGAGCAUAAUGUAUUUUUAGAAAUGAUUUGAAGGUCCUUUCAUUGUUAUUAAAUAGUGAAUUCAUCUGUCUUUGGCACUCUCCACAGUUCUGUGCAAGCCACAGACCCUUUGCUCCCUGACCCCUCAUCUAAAAGGGGUGACCAGGCCCAGCUGGGUGCGGGCGCCUAGGAGCCGAUGCAAAGCAAUGGGUUGGAGGCUGUCCGGUUGGGAUUCCUUCCGAGCCCACCGCGGGGGCCACUUCUGGAUGUACCUGGGGCCGGUGACUUCUCAGCUGCUGGAUGGCUGGAGAUAGAAAGGGAGAAAGCUGGGUGGGACCGUCAGGGGCAAGCUUCUGGGGUCACUGCCGGGGAGGGCUACCCCCGGCCAGUCUCCCCACAGGGGUCUUCGCUGACCAUUUUUUAGUGCCUUCUCAGCAGCCCCGGGUGGUAGCUGGAAACAAAGGGAACAGCCCUUAAUGGCUGAAGACAAGAACCUCAGCUCCUGCUCGUGAGGGGGAGAGUGUAGGCAGUUCCCUCCGAACAAGGAAAACCAUCGCAAACACGAGCCCCCUGUGCACGGCUGGGCUGGUGGCCGCCGCAUGUUGGGGGGGGGGCGCCCCCGAGGGAGACCCAGCCUCACUCCCCACCCUCUUCCUUGGAGGUUGUGGGGUGCCGUGGUGACCCUCUCGAGGCGAGGCCUUGCUAAUCACAUGGAAAUUGAGGUCAUCCCAGGGGAAAUCAGGGAUGUGUGAUUGAAGAUACACUGUUUCCAUGUCGAGUUGCUACAUGUUACUACCUCAGUGCUCACCUAGUCUUGGCCGGUGCCUCUAAGUAGUUGUUACUUUUGGCUCUUUGAAAGUAUUGUCCUUGCCAAGUGCAAACAGCGGUGGACUUGAACUGCUUUGAACUGCUUUGCAAAGCGUUCUGUACACAAGCGUGCUGAAGCUCGCAACAAAGAAGAGAAAGGGGGUGUUUUGGACUCCCGGAGGCCCCUUCCUGCCCUUCAGGCUUCCCCUGGAGGGAAGGGCCGUGGUUGAAUUGCCGACCGAGCUCGGAGCAUCAAUGGUCAUGCUGUGAGUACUGCUUUCCCGAGGCUCUGCAGAGCCUCCGCUCUAGCACACUGGUUUCCCAAAAGAAAAUGAAUGAUUCUACUGCUGCCGCUUAACCUUAAAGCGGAAGGUCAUGGGGUCCCGUUCCCAGGAUGCUUCUGAUCAUGUGCCUCCUCGGCGGCACCAUCCCUGGGGACCUUCCAAACCCUCGGCACCCCACCUGCUCCCCAAGCCAAAUUUUAAAAAGCAUUGUCGUGGUGAGAACGUGUUCCUUCCUUAGCUUCUUUUCUGUGACCACUGUUUGUCUU